AUGGUGACGGUUACAUGGAGCCCAAAUUCCAAUCCUUUCGACAGACGGGAAUCAAAAAGUGACGAAGAGACGAUGGGUGUGGACAGAAGCAUGCCUGAGUGGCCGCCAGAGAAUCCUUUUGAAAGACACUGCCUGGAGAAGGAAGAGGUAAAAUCCAAUGACUGGAUUCGUCUUUAUGUGGAACUUGCGCUUGCCACAACUGAAGAUAGGGAUGGUGAUGUGAAGUUAAAAUUGAAGAUUGUGAACGUGGCUACAGAUUUGCUUGAUGAGGGAGUCAAUGCCAAAAAUGCAACCUUCUACAUAAGGUACAAUGACUUGUCCAAGGCUGCUCUUGGUGAGGUUUCUGAUCACAUUGCUAUAGUUAGAAGAAGGUUCGAUGAAGAUACGGGAUGCUUCAUUCUCGUGGGUCAGAGUCAUCAAAGUUCAGAAAUUUUAAGUGGAGUAUCACAGUGUGGCUUGGCUCGUCGUCUGGACAACAGAAGAUCCGUUUGA